AUGUCAGACAACAAAGAAAAGUUCCACCCCGCCCUCUCGAUUACCAACGUGAAAUCCAUCAUCCCAAUCACAUUGGAUAACGAAACUGGCCAAUAUCAUUCAUGGGCUGCUCUUUUCACGGUUCAACUCUGUGUCCACAACCUCCUUGACCACAUCUUUCCUCCCACUGAGGAAGCAGCAAAGGCCGCCUACGAGAAGGAGAAAGCUGCUGACCCAGCUCUUUGGAAACGUCUCGACGCCGCCAUACUGCAAUGGAUUUAUGCCACCAUAUCCUCCGACCUUCUCCAUGCCAUAUUGUUCAAGGAUGACUCGCCCCAGGCCGCAUGGAACCACCUUGAAACUCUAUUCCAUGACAAUAAAGGAUCUCGUGCUACUCAGCUUGAAGAGGAAUUGGCUGCCAUGAAUUUUGAGAAUUUCUCCAGCAUCGAUGCUUAUUGCAACCAUGUCAAGUCAUUGUCCGAUAGACUAGCCGACGUGGAUGCUCCGGUGACGAAUAGUCGCCUUGUUCCCAAACUUACAGGAGGAUGGCCAGAUUCGUACUCCGGCGUGGUUGACUACAUUCAGAACCAAGACCCACUACCCUCGUUCGAAAAUUGUCGAUCUCGUCUCAAGCUUCGAGAACGAACCAUCAAAACCGCUGCCGCUAAAGAAAGUGGUGGUGUUGCUGCCCUUGUCACCACUACAAAUGGGUCACAUUAUAAUCCUCCCAUCGAUGGCCACAAUAGCUCUCAUGGUCAAAACAACAAAGACAAAAAUAGGAGGAAGAAUAAUAGAGGCGGUAAUGGUCAAAACAACCGCUCUCGCAAUAAAAAUGGCGGUUUCGGCGGUGGUGGCUCCUCUUCCGGCACAGGCAACGGCAGCUACAACCCCCAGCAGCGAUGGCAGCCGCCUCCUGGCCUCAGCCCAUGGGCAGCGUGGCAGCAACCUUGA